UUUUCUGGUUUAAACACAAAUAUAACAUUUCAUAUGAUGAGGAAAUGUAUUCAACUUACAGUUGUUAACACUCUGCUUUAAAUGUUGUGAUGAUUAUAUAGGCAUUGAAGAAGUCAUGUGCGGCCAGAGGGACAUAUUUAUAUAUGGAUAUUGUAGUUGAAACUGCCAAAUUUCAACUACAGUAUUCAAUGAAUGUGUUGAGCUAUUAUAUAUUUACUACUUCUUUAUUAGAAGUCAAAACAGCUCAGGCAAUUUUGGUAUAAUAUCCUAAUAAGGCUUUUUUAUUUUCUAAAAUUUGUCUACCUGAAUUUAGAAUUAAAAUGGCAAAGAUUUCAGUCCUUGUUGAGUGAAAACAGUGGAAUUGUGCUUACAGUGCUUUAGCAGUCUGGAGUCAUAGAAAUAAAAUACAACACAUUUUAUUUCUAUGUACAUGAGCUUAACGUUUUCAGAAUUGUGUGCAUAGUUUGAUAUUUUGUUUUGUAUACAAAAGCAUUUUAUCCAAAAAUGUCACCACAGACACCAGUACUGCAAAUAUAUAAAUAUUGCAAUACUUUCGUCAGUAGACCACAGGUUCAAUCACCAUUGUAUUUUAAUCUUAUUUGGUUAUGGAUGAUAUAGUGACUUAACAGACAUUUAUUUAAAUGAAAAUCUUCCAGAUUGCCACUUUAAACAUCAAACAAAUUUGUAAAAAGAACAAAAAAGUUUUUCUCUUCAAUUACAGUCCUGCUAUUGUGGUGAAUAAUGAAGAUGAUGGGAUGAAAAGAGAAUUGCAUUAAAGCAACAGAAUAAAACAAAGGAUUAUGAAUCAAAAUGAUUUUCUAUUAUUUGUUAAGAAAUAAAUGUAUAAACCAAAAUAUUGAAUGUUUUACAAAUAACAAGCAGCAAACAAUAACAAGGUAGACGUUAAAAUGUGUUCAAAAUAUAAAAAAUCCACCGACUUGCAGGGUAUUUAUAAUUAAUCAAUUAAUAAAUAACUAUUGAAAUGUGUAAGAGGUUAUCAGUUGUGUGUAACAUGAUGAUUCACACUACAAGGAUAAGAAAAAACAGUUGGUGAGAAUUUGCAAAGAGAUUUUACUUUUCUCCAGAUAUGCUCAGGGUUUUUUCUUCCUCAAGCACAACGCAAGUUAGUGACGUUAAAAUAAAGAAAAGAUAGAAGUCUGGAGGGUGAACUCUGUAUACAAAACUCAAUGUUAAAGUAGACAAGUAACCGUGUUAAAGUAAAUUACUGAGUUAAAAGAUCUAAAGACUUAAGAGUUUAGCCUUUUAAGAUAACUCAAUCCUCUUGUAAUCCACUUUUUGAACAGUAUAAAGUUAGACGUGAAACCAGCUGCAGAAGGGUUCAACACUGCAACACACAGUCGGUCCUCUCACUCAAUCAAGAUGGAGAACGGCACAGAGGGCAAGAACUUCUACAUCCCCAUGAACAACAGGACGGGGCUUGUUAGGAGUCCUUUUGAAUAUCCACAGUACUACCUAGGGGAUCCAAUUCAAUUCAAACUGCUGGCUCUCUACAUGUUCUUCCUGAUCUGCACCGGCUUCCCCAUCAACUUUCUCACUCUUGUGGUGACGGCUCAGAACAAGAAGCUCCGGCAACCUCUCAACUUCAUCCUUGUCAACCUGGCUGUAGCCGGACUGAUCAUGGUCUGCUUUGGAUUCACCAUCACCUUCGUAACUGCUAUUAACGGCUACUUUGUUUUCGGAGCAAUGGGUUGUGCUGUUGAGGGAUUCAUGGCUACUCUAGGAGGUCAAGUUGCUCUCUGGUCCCUGGUCGUCCUGGCUGUUGAGAGAUACAUCGUCGUCUGCAAACCCAUGGGAAGCUUCAAGUUCACCGGAACUCACGCAGGAGCUGGAGUUGUUUUCACCUGGAUCAUGGCUUUCGCUUGUGCCGCCCCUCCACUGGCUGGCUGGUCCAGGUACCUUCCUGAGGGUCUGCAGUGCUCUUGUGGACCUGACUACUACACUAUGGCUCCAGGCUUCAACAAUGAAUCAUACGUCAUGUACAUGUUCAUCUGCCACUUCUGUUUUCCCGUCUUCACCAUCUUCUUCACUUAUGGCAGCCUUGUGCUGACAGUCAAAGCUGCCGCAGCCCAGCAGCAGGAGUCAGAGUCCACCCAGAAAGCUGAGAGGGAAGUGACGCGCAUGUGCAUCCUGAUGGUGGUGGGCUUCCUGGUGGCCUGGACUCCAUAUGCUAGCUUUGCUGCGUGGAUCUUCUUCAACAAGGGAGCCGCGUUCACAGCAACAGCCAUGGCUAUCCCCGCCUUCUUCGCAAAGAGCUCAGCGUUGUUCAACCCUAUUAUCUAUGUGUUGUUUAACAAACAGUUCCGUAACUGCAUGCUCUCUACAGUUGGAAUGGGUGGUGCGGUUGAUGAUGAGACCUCAGUAUCAGCCAGCAAGACAGAAGUCUCUUCUGUCUCUUAAGAAGAAUAACUUCACAACUCCGGACUGCCUCCUUCUUAAUCAAGAAGACUCCUUUGUGUCUGUGAUAACAACUGGACUCCAACAUCAUGUCUCAGCUGAAAAAGGAUCAAGCAAAAAACAUCUCUGAAACACAGCCUGAAGUGUUUUCUUGUAAUAAUGAUGUGAUGUUUGGAUGUGCAAGUGGGUGAGAAUCAUCUUUGUAUAUUUAUGACAUGGAGAGGUUAACAUGUCUGUUGGCCUCUGUCAUAAUAUUCUGUAUAUAUUUUAUAAACACAAAAGUGUAGAAAAAAGUUA